AAAACUUUUGCAUUCAUUUUUGCAAAUUUUAAAGUAACCUUUUAUGGCCUAUACCUUUUAUGCAUGGAAAAGAUAAUAUCUGGAAUGUGCUGCCAGAGGAGGUGUGGUGUCAGAUACAAUUACUACCUUUGCGAGGCAUUUAAGAAAGACAUUUAAGUAGGCAAGGCAUAAACGCACACAGUUCUAGUAUAGAUGGGCAAAGAGAUCAGCAUCGACAUGGUUGGCCGAAAGGCCAUUUUCACUGCUGUAAACCUCUGUUACAAAACUUUAGAUGAACGGAUCUAGCCAACCAAACGUUUAAAUGCUCCUCCGGCACUUCGUGUCUUCUUUUGUAUCUACAUUUCCUUGUUUCUACUUUAAACAUUUAAAUGUACUGAUACAUGAAUCUUGUACCAAUCUAAAAGCCACAUUGCCAGGCAACAUAAAACAGAAGACAUAGACACAAGGAACUGCAGAUGCUGGUUAAUAAAAAAAACUUAAGAUCGAUGUUGUUUCAAUUUGCCUUUGUAUAUUGGCUUCUGCAAGACUUAAGUCAUUUUGAUGGACAGUGGUGGACCCCACUAAAUUAAAUUCACAAUAAAACUGGUUUCACUUAUCUCUUCAUUGCUACCUUUUCAGGUUAGUAUUAAAUGAGGAUAAAGGACGAGUGGUCACAGUUUUUAAUUUUAGGUUUGUAUUUUCCCUUUUUGUAGAUAAUUCCUCUUUAAGGCAGAGGUAAGUAAGUGUGCUGACUGUAAGCCGUGGGCGGGAGGAAGACGUCCUGAUAAUGACAUCAGAAUUCAGAGCCCGCCUUUAUUAAGCAAACUGCGGAGCAUAUUGCAACAGAGAAACAUUUAAUUAGACUGAGGAGCUAGACCGAGGUAGAGAUGAAAAGCAGCCUGCAGAAAUGUUGAUGUAUCCACUGCUGAUCUGAGCCGGGACGAUUGAAGAAUUUACGCCGGAUUUCCUGCCCCAUGAAAUCCAUCAAGAGGUAGGAAUGCAAGACUCUGUUAACUUGAAGAAGAGAGCACACAGACUUUAAAGGAUUGGUGUCAUCUCUAAAUUGCCAACAUGUCGAGUGCUGGACUAGCAGCACAGGAGAUCCACAGUCCACUGAGUAAUUGCUUCAUGCAUGGUACUCAUGGUGUCAUCAACAACAAAAGCUGUUGGAAUCCGUCAAGUACCUUGGACAACACCUUCUUUGCAGACACCACGGCUGUGACCUGUGCUCUGAAUGCUGCUCCCCAUAAACGGCCCUACAGUGUACCUUCAACCAAACGACAAGACGAGGAGCCAUUUGGACUGAAUAGAUACUGCUGCUUUGGAAGAUCAUCCUUCCACAAGAUACGACCACCACCUCUGAAAAUGCAAAACUCUGAGGAAUCGUUUGUACAGCUGGAAAAGGAUCAGGUUUUGCCUCAUUUUAAGAAACUCUCAGUAAACAGCACAGUGUUGUCACCACCUCAAACACCAGUGAGGGGAGCAACUGCACUAAUUAAUUUUGGAUGUUCCAGUGACCGAAGCUCUAAGCCGCUCCCCCCACUGCCUUUCCCUUGUGAUGAGUUAUUCGAUGAUGUGGACAGUGAGGUUGAGUCCAUUACGAACUCUGAAACUGACUUGCUCUUGCAUGAUAACCGACCAUUGGGCUUCAGAUAUGGCGCUCCCAGCAGAAGGAGUUUCCGUGGAUGUGGGCAGACCAACUAUGCCUACUCUGAGAGUAUCAGUCGCACUAGAUUACCAGAGAGUUGCCAUGUUAUAAAAGAUACUUGUCUGGAAAAUAAAGAGGUCACUGUACAACCUGUUAAGCCCCACCGUAAAUUACGGCGUUCGCAUUCGGGCCCAGCUGGAUCCUACAACAAGCCUACCAUACUGAAAAAUGCAAGUUGCCUCUCAAACUCAUUGACAAAUACCAGUGAGGUAAAGCCUGAGAUUCCCCCUCGAGUACCCAUACCCCCACGGCCAGUGAAACAUGACUACCGGAGAUGGUCUGCAGAGGUUAUGUCAGCCAUGCACUGUGAUGAGGACAAACCACCAAAGGUUCCUCCAAGGGAACCUAUGUCCAGAAGCAAUUCACGCACCCCAAGUCCCAAAAGUCUCCCGGCCUACCUCAAUGGGGUGAUGCCACCAACACGAAGCUUUGCACCUGAUCCCAAAUAUGUCAGCAACAAAGUCCUCCAACGGCAAGCAAGUGAUGGGGCAACGACACGGGUACCAUGUAUUUUGCCAAUCAUUGAAGAUGGGAAGAAGGUGAGCUCGACACACUACUACUUGCUUCCUGAGAGACCUCUAUACCUUGACAAAUUUGAGAAAUAUUUAGUAGAGACCCAAGCCUCAGAGGAAUCAAAUGAUUGCACAACAGAGAGCUUCAAGACAUUUGCUUUGAGCAAACCAGUAACAAUUAAACAGAAACUUGUUUCCAAUGUGGACGCUCCUUAGUAGCAACAAACAAGCAGCAAGGAACUAUCCCAGACUAAUCAAGUCUCCUGGUUUACAGGACCAACAGAAAAAAAGAAAGAGUUAUAGAAUGUGAUUCGAAUAUCUCAGCAAACUCUAUAAAGUAUGCGUAAUAUGACUUGACCAUUAUCUAUAAACCCGAAGUCCUUGAACAAGCCACAGGGAACAGGAUGCCCAGUUAAGGUUUUGCUGUAAAAUUGUUUUAUGACAUUCUCAUCAGGUUCUCUCAGUUAUUUUUAUUGCACUUUAUCUACUUUUGGACCUUUGCAACAGUGAAGUAGACAUCGGGCAUGGUUAAAAUACUAAUUAUAUUUUGCCAGGUGCAGUACACAGUAAAUCUCACUGUGUUUCUUAACUAGCACAACAAACUCAAGAUUAGUUUCUCUGGCCAAAACCCUUUAUCAAAUUGUUCAGAGACCCUUGAGGUUGAGAAAUUGCAGCAAUUGUUGCUGGGCAGUGUGUCAUGCUUGGUAUUAAUUCACCUCAGGAAUGCUCAAUGAAGGUCACCUCUCACUUAAUGGCUAUUUAAGUUUAAAAAAAGUAUUAUGUUCAAGUGAAGGGAUAGAAUUAAAAUAACUUUUAAGCACAGAACUGCCACAAGUUCAUAUAUCUGCCUCUUUCUUCCUGCCAACCCACCUAAAAAUUUGUAGCAUUUGUGUUAUGAUAUUGGAAAAUCCUAAAGUUGGGAAGGAAUGGAGUGGGCAAUCUAUUUAACCUAGAAAGUUAGCAAUCUACCUGCUGCUCGUUCUUCUUUAUUUCCUCCCCGCUUUGAGUAGAACAGAAAUAAUAGUCAUGAAUGUGAUUGGAGGAAGAGGAGAAUAUGCUGUGGGUCGGGGCUGGUGGUAGGAAGUCUUCUACAAUGUGGACAUCUACUCACAAUCUGUCAUUCACCACAUAUCGGCACUGUUCUAACAUUAACGCACAAUAUUAUCUACACUCAUUCAAAAAAUUUGCAGAUGAUUACUGGCAAUUUAUAAAGAUUUGUUGCAGUCAUAGCCCUUUUGGGUUCAAGACUGAAGUCUGGUUCUGACUAACUUCCCUCUGAUAUCCAAACGCUCAUUCUAAGUGAUGAUAAAAAUGGUUCAUGAAAGGUAUCAGAGUACAGCCCACUUUUGCCCUUGUGUACAUAUCUACAUGGUGGGCUGGGGCCAGACACCAGAUUUCAAAUGAGAGCCAUCAAUGUCAAUAAUAGCUACUUUCCCAGAGUUCUAUCCAUCCAAAAAUGAAUGCUGUUUGCAGAGGAAUAUAAUGAUUUCUAUCUUUUGGAUUGUGUGGCCCUUUAGUAAGGUCAAACCUUGGGUUCUCCCAAACUGGUGCUUAGCAACACUCGAUCAACUGGAAUUGAGGGAGGAUGAAGGAUAAUCAAGAGAAACCAUUCUGGAACGAGGUGGCAGAAGAGUGUUGGGGCUUUCUCACAAAGCUCCCAGUGGAAUACCUGUGAAAAGGGAGUUUCAACUAGUGUUUGACUUGGAAAUAAAACAUACUUCUCUCUUUCUCCCCCCCCCCACUCCCCACCCCCUCCCUUGUAUAUGAAUGUCAGCGUAUUGAUGAAAAUUAGAACAUUCAAAGAUAAACUGUUGUGCUCUAAAACAAAACAAGAUAGGGUUGUGUAAAGGGAACUAUGGUAAGAGGCUUGAUAUUAACCCACAAGCUUGUUUACAUGAUAAAGUACUGGACUAGGGACCUACAUGAAGAAUCUUGCAGUUACUUGUUUAGGAAGUUUUACAUGUUAGAAACCAAUUAACUGCAUGUAACAUAAAUGAAGGCCUAUAUUUCUGCUAUUGUAUACUCACUGGCUGUAACAUAUUUUGUUUCUAUAAUAUUUGUUGAAAAGCUACAGAAUAAUGUUUCUGUGGUUCUGUGCAGUAUUAUUACAUUUAUUUUUCAAAAAAAUCUUGGCUCUUUUAAAUUGUGUUGUCAGAGCUUUUGAUUUCUAUAUGUGCCCCUCUCCCAACACCAUUGAAUGAUAAUUUUGUUACUGUGAUAAUGUAAUGUAAAAUCAAUGAAUGAUCAGCAAUACACCUACACACUGUUUAAGCUUGACCUACAAGUAAUUCACAAAAAGUAUCUGCCUUGGGGCAUGUUAUAGACUUUUUGUUCUCCUGUGGACGAGAGCAAUAAGUUACAGAUGUUGUGCUAGGGUGGGCCCUGUAAAACAAACCAGCUGCACAGGAGUCAAUUGUACCCUCUUGUUUGGCGUCUAUAGAUGUACAGGAACUGAGAUUGAAAUGCACACACAUGCGCAGAACAUAAUAGAAUCAAUUACUAGAACCAUAGAAAAUAGGCGCAGGAGUAGGCCAUUCGGCCCUUCGAGCCUGCACCGCCAUUCA